CGCAGGGAUUAUCCACAUGUGAUGUGAGUCCAUUUCUGGAUCAGAAGCAAUGGCAGUUGUGAACGUCUGCUUGUCUUCCAAACUCCCUCCAAAGCCCAAACUUGACAAUCCGCUUCCCAGUCAGCAGCAUUUUUGCUUCCCGUCUCUUUCUCUUCCCUUCAAUUGCACUGCCACUAGGCCACAGCGUCCCGUGAAUCAUCAGUCUCAAGCUCCUCAGAAUCCUCUGCUUUGCUUGGGAGAAUCAAUAUCCAGGGCAAGCUUUCUCGCCCUUCUCUCUGCUUCCCUCUUCUUUGCAUCCGACCCUGCUUUAGCAUUCAAGGGUGGAGGUCCUUACGGUGCAGAAGUUACCAGGGGACAAGAUCUCUCUGGGAAAGAUUUUAGUGGGAAGAGUUUGGUCAAGCAAGAUUUUAAAACUUCAAUACUUAGGCAAACCAAAUUCAAAGGCGCAGCAUUAGUAGGAGCUAGCUUCUUUGAUGCUGAUUUAACAGGUGCUGAUCUAUCUGAUGCUGAUCUUAGAGGAGCUGACUUCUCUUUAGCAAAUGUGACCAAGGCAAAUUUGAGCAAUGCAAACUUGGAAGGCGCACUUGCUACCGGGAAUACAUCUUUCAGAGGGUCAAUUAUAACUGGCGCAGAUUUUACGGAUGUUCCUCUCAGGGAUGAUCAACGAGAAUACCUUUGCAAGGUUGCAGACGGAGUGAACCCAACUACUGGUAAUGCAACAAGAGACACAUUGUUCUGCAACUAGUACCGUAUCCCAAAAAGAUUGUGCAAGGAGCGAGGCCUGGGUGAAGGCUUUGGAAGACCAGCAACCAUUGACAUUUUUGCAGCAAUCCAUAAGAGUGGCAAAUUCUAUUCGACCGCCUGAGAGAGGAAUGAAUUUUCUAAAACUUUUGAUUUGUAUAGUGAUGGCUCAAAACUCUUCUGAUCUUUCCCUUCGUUUCUCCUUCAGUCCGAGCUCAAAAGUCAACGUAUUCUCGUGUACAUUCUUUGAACAGAAUUGACCGGUUCAUUAGCAUCUCUUUCCAUAAU